AUGUCCGAGUCACUUAACGUCAUUGCCCUGAUAUCGGGCGGCAAGGACUCGUUGUUCAGCGUCCUGCACUGUCUGGAAAACGGGCACAGGGUCGUCGCGCUGGCUAACCUCUACCCGAGCACGACCCGCGAACAACAAGGAGAUGAUGCUCCCUCAAACGGUCCUCGCGACGAGGACGGGUCGGAAGGAGGCGAUCUAAACAGCUUCAUGUACCAGACGGUCGGACACUCCGUGAUCCCCCUGUACCCAGAGUGUCUCGGCAUCCCGCUCUACAGGCGGGAGAUUACAGGUUCGGCGGUGCAGAUGGGUCGCUAUUACGAUGCAGGGCAAGGCCAACUCGAUGUCGCGGCCGAUGAGACUGAGGACCUGGUGCCCCUGUUGAGACAAGUCAUGCAGGCUCACCCCGAGGCGAAUGCUCUGUGUUCAGGCGCCAUACUCUCGACGUACCAACGGACCAGGGUCGAGUCUGUGGCGGUCCGGCUCGGUCUAACCCCGCUGGCAUAUCUCUGGCAAUAUCCAGCUCUUCCUCCCCCAGCGGGACGAGGCGAAUCCCUAAGUGGAUUGCUAGACGACAUGAACGCCGCGGGGUGUGAUGCCAGAAUCAUCAAGAUCGCGAGCGGAGGCAUCAAAGAGAGUCUUUUGUGGGCCAACGUCACAGACCCGAAAACCCAGCUGAGGCUCGUCAACGGGCUACGGCCUUUCUUUCCCGGGCACGAGUUUUGGCUCCGUGGAGCGGUCCUGGGAGAAGGGGGAGAAUACGAGACGCUGGCUGUCAACGGGCCCCGAAGACUUUGGAGGAGGAGAAUUGUCAUUCCGCCAGAGCACCAAUCCGCUUAUACCGGGGAAGGGGGCGUGAGUUACCUCAGGUUGGCGAAGUCUGGAACGGAGGAGAACAUUGCAGACCCACCAGAGGCGCAGGAAGAGGCUCUUAGGAUGCCGCGAGCGUUGGACGCCCAGUUCCAGGCCGUUCUGACUGCGGUGGAAGCUCAAGAAGCGGCGAAUGUCGACAGAAGUGCCGACAAGCUCAAUGAAGCAGACUCGAAGCUGUCACGACAGAGGCUGGACUCCUCCUUGCGAAGUACCACGUCUCUGGCCUCGAGACACAUGUCGAUAUGUAACAUUACUUGGAGUGAGCCGAGCGUUGACGGGAGUUCAGGCAGCGCUGCCCGCCAAAUGCAAGGUAUAUGUGAUCAGCUGCAAUCCUUGCUCGAGUCGGAGACAGGUUCUCUCGCCAACCCGGUGAGACUUACGCCGUCCAAUAUCGUCGCUGUUGUCUUAUUGUUAAAGGACAUGUCGAAUUUUGGGGCGAUCAACUCGAUCUACGCUUCGAUAUUCCGCUCGGGCGAACCUAACCCUCCAGCACGGGUGACCAUUGCAUGUCCAUUGCCAGAGACGACCGAAGUGAGUUUGAACGUGCUGCUCGACCUGGGACCUCGCGACGAACGGCGGGGGCUGCACGUGCAGAGUCGGAGCUACUGGGCGCCAGCGAACAUCGGCCCGUAUAGUCAAGCCAUCUGUGUGCCGGUGGACAGGAAAUGGGAAUCGGAAGUCAAUGUCCACAACGCAGAACUGGUGGAGAUGGUCCAUAUGGCCGGACAGAUCCCUCUUGUUCCGCACACCAUGGACCUUUCACACGCAGGGUUUCCCGAGCAGGCUGUGUUGAGCCUUCAGCAUCUGUGGCGCGUCGGGCAAGAACGAGGUGUCGAUCUAUGGCCCUGGGGGAUAGCCUUUUUGGAAAAUUGCACGGACGGCCCUGCUCGUGCGAGAGUCACAAGCAAAGUAUGGCGACAAACUCACGUGAAAGGUUCGGGAGUGACACAGAUCGUUGAAGACGAGGAAGACAACGGGACUGACACAGGGUUGGAUGCCUGGGACCUGCAGUACAACCGUGCUACGACAUCCAGCGCACAGACGACGGUGGGCGAACAUCUUCAUCUUCUCCCGAACCCAAGUGUGUUCCUCAGUGGGACCUCGCCUACCUUCAUCCCACCCUUCAUAGCCGCCGAGGUUGCUUCUCUACCUCGAGCUGCGCCGGUCGAAUGGUGGAGCAUGGGACUCACGAACCUGCCCAAAGGGCCGGCAUCAAAGCCCAGAGUGUCGGUGGCUCGGAGAGAGCUUGCUUGGGGGUCCAUAGUCAAGAUGACAGUCCUUCCAGCACACGGGAAAGCAGGCACAACCAUUCACUUGAUUACGGUGCUGGUCCGCCAAGGGGAAGGGUCUGGGAUUAGCGCCGUGGAUGGCGCAGACGUGGAGAGGAGCAUCCUAGACCUGAUCAAAGCAGAAGACACUUAUGAGGUGUUGACAUUGGCAUCGACAGAACUGGUGCAUGGUACCGCCUUCAUCGCGCUGCGGAGGCAGGAGGAAUGGACUGGCAUGAGGGAGCAGCAUCUCUUCAACAGCCUGGCCGUUAUACCGUGCAACUCGCUGUUUGGAGACUCGGGGGUUGAAGGAACAGCGACAUCCUGUCCGCCCCUUUCCGUCGCGAUGGUCAUGCGCAUCGACCAGAAUCGGAGGCACUCGGGCUGA